AUGCAACCUUCAUCAUCAUCAUCGUCAUGGAUGCCAUCGAAUAAUUCAAAUACGACUACAAGCAAUUCCAAUUUCUGGUCAAAUGGUGGAUUUCGAAAACGUAAAGCAGCUGCUAGCGACUUAGAUGAAAAAACUAAUCAAAAAAUGUUUGUAACAGAAGAAAAAAUGCUUAAAGAAAUGCAAACACUUUCAUUGGAUUUAGCAAGUCUUAAUAAUAACAAUAAUAAUAUACCAAAUACAACUCCUCAAAUCAUUCCAGAACCUAUUGAUGCAGAAAUAAAAUCAAAUGAUGAAGAUAGUAGUGAUGAAGAAAAAGAAAAAAAUACUCAAGAAACACGUGUUGAAUUACAUAAAUUAUUAAAAGAUAGUUUAAAAAAUGAUGAUUUACAAGAUAGUUUAAUCAGCAAACUUUGUGAGAUUGAACGGCGAAAAUUUACUAUGCAACUUGUACCUUAUAUGCCAAUUCAUCCAGCUCAAUUAAGUAAUGAUACUGCAACGAAACAAGAUGAAGAUGAAGAAGAAGAAGAGGAGAGAAUAAUUGAAAAUCCAUCUCCUGUUAUAUUUGAAGAAUUGAAAAAUGAAGAUGGUGAUCAUCUUUUUAAAAUGCCAUCACUACCAACAUUAUAUACAGUUGAAGAACCAUCUGAUAAUAUAACAAAACGAGCUUGUGCUAUGAAACGAAGUUAUUCUCAAUCAAAUCAGUGCAAUGGUAGUUUAUCAGUAACGGAAUUAAAACAUAAUACAAAUGAUCAAUCAUCGAUUCAUCCUUCACAAUCAGGUUAUUUUGUGGUUGAACCAACAGCAACUCCUUUAAAUCAAACAUUAUCGAAUACUUCCAGUUCAUCUCUAUCAUCUAGCGGACCCUCGAUUCGAAUUACAGAAUUUCUUGAUAAUCCAUCAACAAAUAAUGAAUUUACGAAUACAUUGGAUGAUGAUGAUAUUGAUAUGCAAUCAGUUGCUUCAUC